AUGGCAGACGUCCAGCACCUCGUCGUCCACGUCCGUCAGCGCCUCGACGCGCUGUCCUACGAGCACCACUCGCAGUACAUCUCUGGUCUCUUGCACACUGCGCCUUGCCUGCAUUCGGUAUCCACGUCGUCGCUCUCGUGCCCCCCGCGGCUGCUGCCCGUAGCCGUUUACGCCACAACCAAGUCGUCGCGGUUGGCGUCAUUGCUUCAAUAUGGGGGACUUUCGGCCUUUUACGCGCGUCUGGUGCUGCUCCUGGGCACUGGGUGGCUACUAGCAAUAGCUGGGAUGUUUACGUGCUUACUGGCUGUACCAGGGUUAGAAGAAGAUAUUGUCGGGACAAGUCCAGCUCAAGUUAUGGUCCAAGUUGGCGUCUUUUGCAUUGGAGGCGCAAUAGGCGCGGUCGCGUCGGGGGCCUGUGCCGACUAUUUUGGGCGGAAACCCAUUUUACUCACAGCACUGAGUUUCUGGCUUGUUGUCACGGCGUUGACUGCAGGAGCGUGGAAUGACGUGUCGUUCUUGACGUUGCGACUGCUCUCGGGCGUUGGCAUUGGUGGACAAUUGGCACUGCUUGCAGUACUGGCAAUAGAGUACACGCCCACGCAAACAAGAGGAAGAAUUACGGUACUGGCAGUGUCAAUGGCUGGACUCGGUGUUUGUAGUGGCGUGGGAUACGGACAAUUGGCUGGGUCGGCAACAGAAGAUGGAGGAAUUGGAUGGAGACCGACGUACGGUAUUCUCAGUGCGAUUGCACUGCUCGUCGCGGCAGUGCUUUAUCGGGUGUUAGAAGAGUCGCCCAAGUAUUUAGCAAGUGUGGGACGUGCGGAAGAAGCACUGUGUAUUAUCGAAAAAAUCGAGACGGCGCAUGGCAUUAGUCGCCAAGCUCGAGUGACUGUUCCUACAAGUUUGUAUCAACCGCCGUCAGAGCGGCAACCGCCGUCAAUAUAUGAAGAUUAUUCGGAAAGCAGCUCAGAGUCGGAUGGUGACGUGGACGUGGCACUGCAACGGGGAAAUACACAGGAAGAUGAGCUACAAAAUAGAGAAGGACGGAUACUUUCACAUGCUAGUUAUAACUAUGCAGGGCCUGGGGCAGCCAAAGCACGUAGUCGAAGUCAUCGGGUGUCAGCAAGAAGAUUGCAGAGUCGGUAUCAAUACCAGGCCGACGAAUGCUCACCAGCUCUUGAUGACCCAGAGAGAUCUUCAAGGGCACUUACUUCGGCUGUAAAUGGGUCGUUCUUGCGAGUCCUCGUGCAUCGUGUAGUUGCGCUGUUUUCCGGACGACUAGCUAUUCGAACUGUGGCCAUUUGGCUCUUUUGGUUUGUACAGCUGAUGAGCUUAAGUGCAGCUGUUAUGACAACCUUGAUGAUGGCCAAACCGUUCAUUAAGGUGGACGAUAGUGGGACGAGUUUCGGCGUCGGCGAUCAACUUUUUUGGUCUGGAAUGGCAUUUCCUGGCUUGUUGCUCGCUGCUACGAUGGUGGAUAAUGUGGGCAGGCGGAGCACGUUGGCAUUGUUUGGUUCAUGUGGAGGUGCCGUCUUGUUGCUGUCAGCUUUGCUGCUAAGGGAAGAUGGAAAUUGGAUUGGUUUAUCGCUGGCAUUGGGAGCUAUUGUAUUGACGACAAGUGGUACCCUCGGCACACUGACUCUUCUCACUGGCGAGCAGUUCACCCUCCAUACUCGUGCACUGGGUCUUUCGUGUGCUAUUGCUUGGGGCUAUUUGGGUAUGCUUGCUGGUGAUUAUCUUGUCCUACAGUGUGUAAUUCGGGAUGACGCUUGGUCAUGGCACGAUGAGCGUUUGAUGUUGGCUCUGUGUGGUGGCGCUUCAAUUUUACUGCUUCCUGUCAUUCUUUUGAUGGGACCGGAGACAUGCGGGGUGGAUAUCGAUGCUUCGUGGCUCGAAGACAAGAAAUAUACAACAGGCGGCAUGCUCUCAGUGAUACCGAGUGGUCGCUCGAAACUAUUCGAUGCAGGCCACAGUGGUGCCUUCAAUGGCAGCAGUGACGGAAGCAGCCGAGGCAUCGACAAACAACCUGAACCUUUGGAUGAAAACAGCCGAGCGCUUCUCGAGUCUUCGCUGGGUCGACGUCCAACGAAUGGCGUGGCUGCUCCGGCAAUGUACUCCUCGACUUCAGCUACGCUGGCAACGGUGCAUUCUUCUGAAGAUAGUGAUUCAAUUUCAAGAUCUUCGUCGCCGACAUCGAAUUUCUGGCAGGCACAUUCGAUGCGUCAUCUAAGUAACAGAAUGAUGCGUGCGGCGCACGCUAUCGCUCGCACAUCAGGUGAAAAGCACGUGGUGCGUUUUUCGUCCGGUGCCAAAAAACAAGCAUGUAGUGCCAGCGUCUCGAAACGAACAAGGGGCGACAUCGAUGAUAGAUGCAGUACCGUGCGUUUGGACGAUCUCGAUCACCUUGACAACAUUGUUACAGAGCGCGACUGCCAGCAUACUUAUUCAAGCCUUGGUCUUCCAGAUAUCGGCCAGUCGAGGCGACAGUCCGAUCUGGGGCUCACAGACCCUGUGCUUUUGGAAUGGCGUUCCUCUAUAUCAAGCUCACAGUCGGGAUCCGCUCUCAAUUGCAGCAGCAGCAACAACACGAGUAAACGAGAGUCCAGUGAUCACACGGAUACGGUCGCGUCCGUACGCUACAACCGAACAGGGCGAUACACCAUCGAUCUUGAUAUGUUUGACACGUUCACGUACAUUUCUACGCCGGUGCUUGGUGGUGACAACUACACGAACCACGAGCACCGUGAACCAAGCAACCUCUCUUCUGCCAGUGGUAGCGAAACGAAGCAGGCAAGCGGGUGA